UUAUGGAAUACUAUAAAAAUCAGUAAACAAGUGGAUUGGAUAAACAUUUUCUGAAAAUUGAAGAAUGGUUGGAUUAGGAUGUUGUAAUAUAACAUUAAUUAAUUCAAAUUAGAAAGGCAAAUAAAAUCUUCCAUUGGUCAUAGAGGCAGAAGAUGGUGUAGGCAAAAAAACAUUGCUUGUCAAGUGGAUUGGAUAUCAUAAUGCCAACAAAAAAGGCAGGUAUUAAGACAUCAUUAUUCCCCAUUUUGCAAUGGUCGGAGGAAACAACAGUAACUAUUUCUAUGCCAUAUAUCGAAUAUUGGUCAAAUUGAGGGAAUUGCUUAACAUAGGGUAGAAAGUAGAGUUGUUGGAAGAGAAGCUUCGGAAAUACUUUGCAUAUUGGUUGGACAUCUGCAAUUCACACAUAGAGAACCAAAUUCUGAAAGAAGCUAAAACUCUUUAUAAUAGAAUCAUCCUUAUUUUUGAGGGUGUAAAUCAUUUUGUUGACUAAGGCAACGGAAUCUCAAAAGAAGCUAAUGUCUCCUUUUGGUUGCCAUAAUUCUUUCCCUCCAGAAUCAAAGUUAUUUUGACAGCUUCCAAGAAUUCAGGAGCAAUGCAAUAUCUAUAGAAGAUCAAUUCACAAAUCAUAUCAAUCAAAGUGGAACCUAAGAUCAUUGAGAAGAUGAUUGAGACACAUAAAAAAAGGAAAACCUUUCUUGUAAUAAUUCUAAAUUAACAUUAUAUAGUCUGAUUCCCUUAAGGAUAAAUUAUUAAAUAUUCUGACUCAAACUAAAUGUGAGAUGAAUUCUAUAUUUUGUAAGACGUUUCUUUCUCUUCUGAUUCCAUAUCCAAGUCUUGGGAUAAUUGGAGAAGGUGAUGUUAGACCAGAGACUAUUGAGGCUUUGGUAUCUUAAGUCGAUAUGGCUAAAUUGUAAGAAGUUACUGGUUUAGAAGAUUUGGUGAAUUUUAUUUUGGAUCAUUAUCAAACAAAAAUGUUUAAGGAUUAAGAAAAAUUUAUAAAAAUACUUCUAUGCUUUACAAUAACUUAAAAGGGUUUGAUGAUUUAAGAAGCAUUGACUAUUUGUCAAUUAACUGAGAAUGAUUGGAAGACAUUUUUGGUGUUCUUUAAAGUGUAUCUAAUGCAUUAUAAAGAGUAUUGGAUUAUUAAUAAUGAUCUGUUUAAGAGUAUCAUCUAGAAAAGAUAUCUAAAAGACAACACUUUAGUUCCUAAAUUGCAUGAGGAAAUUGCAGAUCAUUUAAAUAAAUCUACUAAUUCCAUAAGGAAGUUAGAGGAGUAAACAUAUCAUCUAUUCAUGGCCAAAACAUACUUUAAGUUAAAGGAAAUAGUGUCUGCCAUUGAGAAUUUCCUCUUAUUAUUUAAUCCCAAUAAUAAAUACGAUCUAUGUCGGUAUUGGUAAAAACUGGAGGAACAAGGGUUUGAUCCAGUGAUAGAAUACAAUAAAGCUAUAGAAGGUUUUGCAAUGCAGUAUCAUCCUAGUAGUGAGGACAUUUUUAGAAUCAUUGUACAAGUGUCAAGGUUCUUAAAAGAGUUUUGUGAUUUUGAAACUUAUUAUACUCCAAGUUUCAGACAUCCACCGAUUCAAGGGAUUGAAGAUGAAUUAGAUGAUAUCGGAUUAUUAAAUGAACUUUAUAGAAUGAAUUUAUGUUACAUAAUAGAUGCUAAUCCUAGGAAGAUUGGGAAUAAUGAUGAAAAUUAUAAAUCACCUCAAGAGAGAAUCAAUGAAAAGAUAGAGAAACUUAAAUCUAAAUAAGUAUUAUAAAAAGAUUAGAAAUAAACCAAGAAGCCUGGAAAGGAAGAAGAUGUAAAGAAAACAUAGCCUACUAUCAGUUUGUUAGAGAAAAAGAAGAAACCAGAAAUAUUAACUAAACUAGAAAAAUUGAAUGUGGAUAUUCCCUAUAAUAGAGAAUAGGUUAAGAAGUUCUUUGAAGAAAAAAUAGGGAUCAGCAAAUUUCAAGAAGAGAAACAAAGAGAAAAGGAAUCAGAGGAAGCUAAGAUCUAUUAGAAAUUAGAAAAUGGACAGAUUUCAAUGAAAGAUUUGGACAUUAAUCUAAGCAAGGAUGAAGAUGUUCAAUUGAAAAAGCCAGAUUAACUUAAACUAACACAUAAUACAAUUUAAGUUAAGAAAUUAGAAGAGUAAUCAUUAGUUAGUGAAAGAAAACCAACAGAUUAUUAUUAUAAGAGAUGGAUUUGGAUUCAAUUUCCUUGGGUUUGCUUAUCUGUUCAUAGUGAUUAUUCUGCAAAAAUGAAGUAAUGUUUUGCCAAGGCCACUGAAUAUAUGAGUGUUUAAGAAGAAAAGGCCUUUACAAAAUAAGCAUUAAAGAUAGCUAUUGAAGCUAAAUUGAAGAAGAAGAUGAUGUAUCAAAAAUAAGAGGACAUAAAUACUACUAUUUUCAUUGAUAAGGAAUUAUCUGUUAUUCCAGUUAAAUAAGAAUAAAAUACUUCAAUCCUGACACUAAUGAAAUAGUAAAAUGAUUUACCUGGUGUAAAAGGAUUUAGAAGGGAGAAAUCAUUAGCAGAUAAUACUAUAAACAAUUUGAACUAGAAAUCUACCUAUAGAGAAGUCAAAUCCACAAAAAUGCACACUACUAGUUUGCAAUUCUUCAUUACGGAGGAUCAAAUGAGUCUCUCUCAAAUUCACAAGGAAAUAGAAGAGUAGAAGAAACAAUAACAAUUAAAUUAGGUUGAUAAAAAACAAACAACUCUCCCUUCCAUCAAUAAAACUCAAGAAGUCUCUUUAAAUACAACUAUGAGGAUUAUUGACAAAUCUAAAAUGCAAAAAGAAAAAUACAAAUAGUUCAAUCCAGAAACCAUUAACAAAUCUUCUUAAUCAAUCCUACCUAGAUUGAAGAGUGAAAUUGCACUUCAUAAUGGCAAAGAACUCUAUAUAAUGUUAUAAUAAGCAAAGGAUUUGAAGAGGGAACUCGACAACAUCAUUUAUCAAAAGUAAUCGUAUUCAUGUAUUUUAGUCAAACUGCAACAAAGAAAUUAGCUAAUUUAAGAACGCUUCAACAUAACGAGGGAUUUGGAACUGAUGUAGAUACGGUUUCAUAAAUUUAAGACAAAGUAAAUUCUAUAGAUUUUAUACAUUUUAGAUUGAAAAUCUCAAAAGAUUGAGGGAAGAAGCAGAACAUGACUAUUUAUUGAGUAUGGUAUAAGAUAGUAGAUUGAGAAUUAUCAUUAAAAUCAGUGGUGACAACAGAUCCUAUAAUGAAGAAUGGAUUAGAGACUUAAACUAUUUUUAAUGUAAUCUAAACAAAUUGAUUAAAUAUGAGAAAUAAGAGAUCACCAAAAUGGAGACUGAAAUCAAACAAAUCCACACAAUACAUAUUUAAUAUGUGGAUGCCUUUAAUAACAAUAUGAACUAUUCAAAAUAAAUGAUUGAUUAAAUCAAUAAAACUGUUAGACAGAAGGAGGACUUUGAUCAUUUCUUUUAAUAAUCAGAUUCUAUCAUAUAAUAAUAAUCAUCUGAAAAGAUGCAAAAAUUAUAACAACAAUAUGUUUAAAAUGAAGAUAAAGAACAGUAGAGAGUAAAAAGAAUUCAACUUGAAAAAAACAGUAAAGCUAUCUCUGACAAACUUGAAGUUCUUAGAUCAACCAUGGCUCAUGUUAGUCAAUACAUUGAUGUAAUUCAAUAUAUGCUAUCUAAUUUAUAGAUUGAAAAUCCUGAUUAUUCUAAGGAAGAGAGUUUCGUUGUAUUUUUAAAUCAAUUAGAAAUUAAAACAUCACUUGAAGCCAAAAUUUCAUCUUAAGAAGAUCUAUUGAGUGAUUUACACCUUAAAUUAAAUAAAUAGAAGAUGUAUUUAGAUGUAAGUAUUAAUUAAUAUUAAAGACAUUCAAAAAUGCUAAUUCAAAUGAAAAUAAGAAAUAACGUGAAAAAACCAUUAAAUAUAUAUAAGGGAAAGUACAAGACAAUGAAACAAUUCAAAUGUUAAUUGAGAAAAGAGAUUCCUAAUUAAAAUAGAAUUAAGCCAAGGAAAAACAAAAAAAUAAAUUACAGCUUGCAUUAUUAGAUUACAAUGUAUCUAAGCUUAAUUAUUAAUUUAUAGAUAAGCAUCAAGAAUAUUAGAUCUAAACUGUAACAGUCUAAAUUUAAAAGCCUCUCUGAACAAGGAACUACUGUUAAGAUAACAUUAAUUAAUGAUGUAUUUAUUCAAUUGAUUUCUUUCAGAUAUAUGAAGAUUUAACCAAAAGAUAAAAUUUCAUCAAAGAUAAGCUGGGUGAAGAAAUGUUUUAAUAAUUUUUAAAUAAGAAACUUGACUUUAAUAAAAUGUACAAAGCAGCAUUUAAAUAUCAUUAAGACCCAACUUUAACACAAAUGGAACCUUAUUGA